AUGUCAUUACCAGAAUCCAGCGAAGAUGAACCAAGCAUUUAUGGCUCAUCGGACUCAGUUGUAGAUCCAAACUAUUCCCCUAGUGAAGAUUCUGUGUCGAGCGAGUUGGACAACGUUCCCACAACCAGCAACACUGAUAAGAAGAAAACACUUCCUAACGCUCAGAGUCCACCGGAAGUUUCAAAUAUUGGUUCAAAUCUCGUAGAACAAUCAAGUAGUUCAGAUUCGGAAGAAAAUCAGAGUAAUGUGGUGCAAGUGGCAGGAUGGACUAUACCACAAGGCCAUCACUUGGUUUUUCCAAAGAAUUUUGUUCAAGACCAAGGAAUUUGUCCAGAAAUAGCAGCUGCCUUGCAAGGAGGUACUCCGUACGAUUUCUUUUCGCUUUUUCUGGAUAACGAAAUUUUAGACCUGAUGGUAGAACAGACUAACCUUUAUGCAACGCAAGUAAUCUGCUCAGCUAACGAUGUUCCACACUCAUCAAGACUUCAUAAAUGGUCUCCUACUGACAGACAAGAAAUGCAAAGAUUUUUAGGCCUAGUCGGAUAUAUGGGUCUUGUACGAAUGCCAACAGUUCGCCACUAUUGGAGCAGAAAACCCCUGUUUCGCAAUGAAUUUAUAUCAAGUGUUAUGAGCAGAAAUCGUUUCGAAUUGCUUCUACAACUAUGGCAUUUUUCUGAUAACCAAAUAUGCCCUGAAGGUGAUCGUCUCUACAAAGUACAGCCCCUUAUUGAUAAACUUGUCAAAAAAUUUCAAACCUCAUAUACUCCUGGUAGUACAGUCUGUGUAGAUGAGUCACUAGUCCCCUUUCGAGGUCGCCUUGUUUUCAAACAAUACAUCCCUCUUAAAACGCAUAAAUAUGGCAUCAAAGUAUUCAAGCUCUGUUCUUCAGAAGGCUAUACUUAUAACAUGAAGGUAUAUUGUGGGAAAGAAAAGGAUGCUGGUGCUAGCGUUCCAACGAAUAUUGUUUUAUCUCUUGCUGAAAAUCUGCUAGAUAGUGGAAGAACUAUCGUUACUGAUAACUAUUACACUAGCUUAGAUCUAGCUAAUAAAUUACUCGAUAGACAGACACAUCUUAUUGGUACCUUGCGAUCCAACAGACGCGGUAACCCGAAGGAAGUUACGCAGAAAAAACUUCAGCGUGGCGAAAUUGUUGCAAGGGAAAAUGAGCGUGGCAUAUGCGUAAUGAAAUGGCGGGAUAAAAGAGACGUAUUACUACUGUCUACUAAACAUACAGAUGUCAUGCAAGAUAUUCAAAUCCGAAAUGAAACAAAAUCUAAGCCUUUGGCUAUUAUUGAUUAUAAUAAAGGAAAAAGUUCCAUAGAUCUUUCCGAUCAAAUGGCAUCUUACAAUUCCGCAUUACGUAAGACCAUCAAGUGGUACAGAAAGCUAGCUAUAGAGUUGGCAACACUGGCACGUACUCGCUUCUGUAGCGCGGACGGCAACUUCGAGGUCACCCUAGCCACCAAGGCUACCAUCUACCACCAAGGACUCGUCGAAUGGAAGCCGCCUGCGAUCUACAAGUCAUCCUGCGAAAUUGACGUCGAGUACUUUCCCUUCGACGAGCAGACGUGCGUGCUCAAGUUCGGUAGCUGGACGUACGACGGAUUCAAGGUGGACAAAACGAACCCAAAGCGUAUCAACAAGCAGAAUGGAAAUAUAUCCAAGCCUUGCAAGCUCAUUUGGGUGGCUUGA